AUGCUGGUGCUCUUCCUUUGCGACAGCCUGCUUCAAGCUCAUAAAGGUUCCGGAAUCAAGCUUCACUGUCUAAGGGACGAUCAGCCCUUCUUGUCAUGCCUGUGCAUUGCAAGCGGCGGAGGCUUGGUGAUGCCAAACCCGCAAUCAGCAGUUGGUUUGGCAGUCCGUGCGCUAGCAACUGAGCCACUAGUGCAGGAAAGCCUGGCCAACAACCCAGCUGUGCGAGUAUUGGUACUGCAGGCGGCCAUGAGCACCGCCAGGUGUAGAUCUCACGGGGAGCAGUUCCCAAACAUCACCCGAGAUCGUCGACAGUCCAAGCUAGUAAAGAACCUCGAGACGCAGUGGACGAUCUGUGACCUUGAAGACGUGAUCAUGAACAGUGCCCAGGGAACUCCAGUGCUGGAAGGUUGUCAGUUGCGACAUCCUCAGGGCAUUUAUGGUCAGCGAGGGGACCAUCUUCAUUUUCGGCAAGACAUAGCCAUAGCGGCAGGUGACGAGCUUCUCAAGGCUGCUCGAAGGACAGCGCUAGCAAAGUAUCCGGACAUGCAGACGGAUGGAAGCAUCUUGCUCGUCUUGGCAGCAGGCUGGAACGCAGAUAAUGCGACUAUUGACUGCUUGGACUCGGAUGGGCACGCUUGGCGCAAAGCGGAGAUUGUUGCGCUAGCAGAGCUUUGCGCUUUGAAUGGUCAUCCAGCUUCUGUCUUCAGGGCCAAGUUCAAACAAUUGUUGCGAAGACUGCAGGGGGAGCACACUGCAUUCUUGCUACAGCCAGUUGCCGACAUCCAGGCCAUUGACCCCUCUAAGGCAACUGAGGUACAGCAUACUUUGGGGCACAAACUCAACUCGCCCGUCAAGCAUCGGAGGGCAGACAGCCUCAUGUGGCAAAGGGAGUCUAAACGCCAGUGCCGCAAGACAGAAGCUGACAAACUUGCCGAUCUUACGGGAGUACCGAGGGAGAUCGCCCAGUCCAUCAUCGAUGCGAUGGGCAGUGUCGAAAGUGCCCUUCAGCAUCCCAUGUUUCAGCCAAACCCCAGAGUUGACAUGGGAUCCUUUAAGCAGACACUCCGGUGUCAAGUUGAAGUGAUCAAUUUGGAUGAGCUGGAUGACGCUGCAGCCCAUGAUUAA